CUAUAUAUUUUAUAUUCAUUGAUGUGUCACUUGACAGCUGACCGGGACCGAGAUGUGUUUAUAGAUACUUGUUUAUUUGUAAAAAGCAUUUUCGUGCAAAAAAAAUUAUUGUAAUUUAUUAUGGCUGGAGAAGUAAUUGUUGAUGCAUUGCCAUAUAUCGACCAGGGAUAUGAUGAACCUGGCGUGCGAGAAGCGGCAUUGGCGAUGGUAGAGGAAGAGACACGUCGUUACAGACCGACAAAGAAUUAUUUGGAACAUUUGCCACCUCUGAAUAUAACCGCGUUUGAGACAGAAGUGUUAAAACACGAGUUUGAGAGGAUGCAGAAUCGUUUACCGAUGGAAGUGCUUAGUAUGAAACGUUACGAGUUACCACCACCUCCAUCUGGCAAACUCAACGAUCUAGCAGCAUGGAACGAAAGUGUAGAAAACAGUAGCGCACAGCUAGAGCAUCAGGCUACCAGAAUUUGUAAUUUAGAAUUAAUGAUGAGCUUUGGCUGUGAAGCAUGGAAAUCUUAUCUGGAAGUGUUGGUUCAGUUGGUGGGUCAGGCUCAGAAACAAAUGCAGGUACUGAGGAAAAUGAUUCAAGAGGUCAACUGGCAGAGAAAGUCGAUGCAGACUCAAGGAGGCGAUAAAUUGAGAGCACUGGAAGCGCAGUGGGUCGGUUUGGUAUCGAAAAAUUACGAGAUCGAGCAAGCUUGCGUGCAUUUGGAGGAGGAAAUACAGAAAAUAAUGUUGAAUAAAGAGGCUGUGGAAAUUAAUGAUGUACCAGCAGAAGAAGGACCCGAUGUGCCGGAAAAAAGUGCUACAGAAGUUAUGGCGAUACAAAUGCAGCAGCAAGAGGAUCAAGAGACUUAGCGUAAUUUGUAUAUAAUUUUUAGUAAAAAGAAAAGGAAAUAACGCAUAUAUAUAUAUAUAUAUAUAUCAACACAAUGGACUCGCAUAUUUAUAAAUGCAUUACAAAGACUUCGAUAAUAAAGCACAAUUUAUUACAUUGUUGUUUACACGUAUCACACUUGAUUUACGGUUUUACAAUAUACAUAUGUACACGAUUAUCA